AUGCACUUCGCGGGCUGGGCCGACGAGGGAAACCUCGAGUGUCUCCUGGCCGGAAUGACCCUUCUCUUCAACCCCAGCCUGUUCCAAUCGGAGACGUUCUCCAUCGUCAAUAUCCAGGCGAUGUCGGCCGGGACCCCCGUGGCCGCGUUCGGCAUCGGUGGGAUGCUAGAGUACGGCAACCUGGCACUCUUGGACGACACCGACCCCGGCGCGAUCUCGACGGCGAUCGCGGGUAUCCUACUUGAUCGCCCACGCCUCGAGGCCUUGGCCGAGAGGGGCAGGGCACACGUUUCGUCCGCCUUUAGGGCGGACGUUGCGUUGGAUCGCUGGGCCGAACUCUACCAGAGUCUAGAUGUUUCUAACAGAGGGAUGAUGUGCAACGACUAGGGCUUCUUCGCCGUGGAGAGACGAGGGGUUCGGGUGUGCGUUAGAGGUGGGUAGAUUCAGAGACUCUGUU